UUUUCCCGGGGACUCUCUCAUCCUUAAAUCUUCUCGCACAUUGACAUUCGCUCUCUCUCUCUCUCUCAGAGCGCACUGACACAGGGAAGCAUUUUUCAACGCACAAAAGACUCAACUCCGCCACCAUUGAGGAACCCUCUUCUCCCAUCUUUCAGAAACUAAUUCAAGAAACAGAAAACCGCAGCUUUAUUUUCACAAAUAGAGAAGCAGGAGAAGAAAAAGAGUUGAUCUUUAAAGUCUUGCUGUGUGUAGUGCGUGUUCUUGCUCAACUACAGCACUGUACAUGGACUCCAAGUCCUUAAGAUUCAUAACCCACCAAUCAUUCUUCGCUGCCGUCAGAUCUGAUGACCUUCAGACCCUCAAGAACCUUAUCGAGAAUGAAGGGUCUGAUCCAUCUUCUUUGGUCGCCCUUCAAAAUGAUGAGAAGGAAACUGCGCUGUAUAUCGCCGCUGAGAAUAAUUUCUUUGAGAUUUUCAUCUACUUGCUCGGUUUCUGCGACUUGCAGACUGUCAUGAUCAGGGCUAAAUCGGACAUGGAUGCCUUCCAUGUCUCAGCAGCAAGGGGACACCUCGGAAUUGUGAAGGAACUUCUUGCCAGGUGGCCUGAGCUUUGUAGAGCAUGCAACUCCUCAAACACAAGCCCUCUUUAUUCAGCUGCUGUCCAGAAUCAUCUAGAUGUAGUGAAUGCGAUAUUAGAUGCAGAUCUGAGCUCAAUAAGGAUUGUGAGGAAAAAUGGAAAAACUGCGUUGCACACAACAGCGAGAUAUGGCCAAUUGGAUAUUGUAAAAGCACUUAUUGGAAGGGAUCCAGGGAUUAUCCCUAUCAAAGACAAGAAAGGCCAAACUGCUCUGCAUAUGGCUGUAAAAGGUCAGGAUACUUCUGUGGUUGAUGAAUUACUGGAAACUGAUCAUUCAAUAUUGAAUGAACGGGACAAGAAGGGGAAUACUGCUGUGCACAUAGCCACACGGAAAAGCCGUUCUCAGAUAGUUGCCCUUUUGCUGACGUAUAGAUCCAUUGAUGUCAACGCCAUUAACAAUCAACGUGAAACUGCAAUGGACAUAGCUGACAAACUCCAAUAUGGAACACCUGCUCUGGAAAUUAAGGAAGCUCUCAUAGAUGCUGGUGCCAAGCAUGCAAGACACGUUGGCCAAGUUGAUGAAGCAAUGGAACUCAAAAGAACUGUGAGCGACAUUAAGCAUGAAGUGCAGUCCCAACUCAUACAAAAUGAGAAAACACAGAGACGAGUUUCUGGCAUUGCAAAAGAACUUAAAAAGAUUCACAGGGAAGCCGUCCAAAACACCAUUAACUCUGUGACAGUAGUAGCUGUUCUUGUUGCCUCGAUUGCUUUUGUCGCAUUGUUCAACUUGCCUGGUCUGUAUCUGACAGAUGGUGCGGAAGCAGGGGAAGCCCGCAUUGCUGAUACUGUUGCUUUUCGUGUUUUCUGCCUUCUGAAUGCUACAGCACUGUUCAUUUCUUUGUCGGUGGUUGUUGUUCAGAUCACUCUGGUUGCCUGGGACACAAGGGCUCAGAAACAAGUCGUCUCCGUAGUGAACAAGAUGAUGUGGGCUGCCUGUAUUAGCACCUGUGGAGCAUUCCUGUCGAUAUCUUUUGUUGUCGUUGGAAAGAAAGGCUCCUGGAUGGCAACAACUAUAACCGUGUUGGGUGCUCCCAUUCUUGUCGGUACUCUAAUUAGUUUGUGCUACUUUGUCUUCCGACAGCAUUUUGGGAUUUUUGGUAGUGAUUCUCAAAGACGCAUCAGGCGUGCAAGUGGAAGUAAAUCUUUCUCAUGGUCUUAUUCUGCAAAUUUUUCGGACUUGGAUGACUAUAACUCAGAUGAGAAAAUUUAUGCAUUAUGAGGUCAUGGACUGGCUUAAGCUGCUUCACGGUGCUCCAAAGUGACAAAUGGCGACAAAUUGAUUUCGCAUGAUGUACUUCAAUAUGGAGAUCUUUCAAGGGCUAUCAUAGUAUAAGGUUUUUCUCUUACCCUGCCACGGUGUAGGCCUGAUUUGUACAUAUAUGCAAUGGUUCUAGCUUUUUGCCUACAAAGAUUGGGUUGUUUUGGUCAAAACAGAUGAUACCAAAUUAUGUUCAUGCACAUGAGAAUAUAUGUCAAAUGUGGAGACC